CAUUCCGCACCAUCCGCACCACCCACAUCGUUAUCGCCAGUCGCCACCUUCGAGUACGUCUAGACGACGUGGGGUUGUGGUUUUAAGGUCCUGGAACAAAGCCCGGAGCAACCUAGACAGAUCCGCUGUCGUAACUACCGGUCCCUUUGAAUGCACUGCCGCUUUGACACGUACACCGCAAUCAAUCGCGCGAACCCCUCCUCCCGUCCCCCCGAAUCGGCUCCCGCAUCGGUCAUCACUAUAGCUUGAUUGCGCCUCUUGGAGAUGGCGGGCACGACGAACAACAACCAAUUCAACUCGCAUAUGUAUCUCUCGCCGAAUCAGCAGGACCUCUUGUUGGCCGCGCUCAACUCAAACAAUCCGAACAACCCAAACCCGAACAAUCCGUCCGCAAAACCCACCAACUACAAGCGCUCCGAUAGCGGUUCCCAGCAGCAGUUCCCACUCGACGGAAUGGAUCCCGCCUUCUUCACGUCGCCCCAACAGGGCAAUGUGUCCGACUUUGGUAACUUUGGGCUUGAGGAAAGCCCUUAUAUAGACUUUCUCGAUCCCGAUGCUCCUUUCGAUUUCGAUCCGAACGACACCAGCGAUCUUUUGAUCGGCAGUCUUCCCGGUGAUCAGCAGCAAUCCGCUGACGGAGAAACGGAGAAUCACAACAAGAGAAAGAGCCCGGAUGAAAACAAUGAAAAGAGUCCUGAUGAUGAAAACGAUGAAGAUGAGGAAGGAAGCGCCAAGCGCCGGGAAGGUGAUGACAAGGUUGCUAAGAAGCCCGGCCGGAAGCCGUUGACUUCAGAGCCAUCAACCAAACGCAAAGCUCAGAACCGGGCUGCACAGCGGGCAUUCCGAGAGCGCAAAGAGAAGCAUUUGAAGGAUCUGGAAACCAAGGUCACGGAACUGGAGAAGGCAUCGGACGCCGCCAACCAUGAGAACGGCCUUCUCCGUGCUCAAGUAGAGAGACUGCAGACAGAACUCCGCGAAUACCGAAAGCGUCUGUCGGCCAACAGCACGGGCGUCUCUCGAGCUCCGGCUGCGGCCACUGGAUACCCAUCUUUACUCACCCACACGUCUCCCGGAGCGAACAACUUUCAGUUUGAAUUCCCGCGCUUUGGAGCACUUCCUGGCUCGCAGAUAUUCCCCAACGGCGCAACGAAUGGCAACAAGGGCAGCCCAGCAUCAACAAUGUCGCCCACGGCGAAGACGCCCACCAGCAAUCUUGCCCAACAAAACAAUGCUGGGCGCGGCAUCAGCCCUAACACACAUGGAGUUCGCUCACCUACCGACAAGACCAGCCCAGCCCAGGACGGUACUGGCUUUUUCGGUCCGGUCGAUAAUGUCAACAAGGGCUCUUCCGCAAGGGGGAGCACCUCUAGCUCUACGGGCCAGUCUCGCGUUUUCCAGUUCAACAGCAACUCCGCGUCCACUAACGACUCCCCAUCCGUUUCUUCCUCGUCUCAUUACGGUUCAAAUUCAUCGUGCGGCACUUCGCCCGAGCCCAACCACUAUUCGCCUAGCACUGAGAAGGCAGUGGAUACCAAUGGAGAGAACUACACUUGUCACGCUACCACCGAAGGUGAGAUCACCUUCUGCGAGAAGUUGAACAUGGCCUGUGGCAACCCUCGCAACCCAGUCCCUCGUGCGAUGUCUCAAUCUGACGGCACCCCAGCUCCGUCAGCUGCAUUGACAAGCCCGAACAAUCACGACUUCGGGCUUGACUGGCUGGCUAAUCAAAACGACAACCAAUUCAACCCCACCCUGUUUGGUGACUACCGCGAAUCGCAAGCCGCAGUUGUCGGCGACGGGGACUUCACCGGAGGGUUCUUCAGCGAUGCGUUCCCGACGACCGAUUUUGGAAGCCCAUUCAACUUUGGCGAGAACACGCCGUCAGUGCAAAAGACGAACCCGUUGGACCUGGUCGAAAAGAUCCAGGACGGAGGCGAAGACGAGGUCGUCCCUGGCGAAGACCCGUCUCAAUUGCUCAGCUGCCAUAAGAUCUGGUACGUGACGUCAGCCUCUCGGAGAUUUGGCGAUUUGCUGACACCGACGUUUCACAGGGAUAAACUGCAAAGCCGACCGGAUUUCAAGGACGGCAGCAUCGACAUUGACGGGCUGUGCACGGAGCUCCGCGCCAAAGCACGGUGUUCGGAGAGCGGGGUUGUGGUUGACACCAAGGACGUCGAGGCGGCGCUCAAGAGGCUUCCGGAGCACCAGAACUGAUGUCGGAACGGGAGCACUUCCACGAUCAAUGUGUAUCAUAACGACUACUUCUGGGCAUUACAUCACCUUAUCGGCGCUUCGGCUUGCUCACGGCCGCUCCCCCUUUUUCGGCCUACCCGCUAGUGGUUUUUAU